AUGCCAGUUGGAUCGUAUUCGGAGGGUAUCGAUGGGCCCCCACAAACCCCUCCACAUCCACACACCCAAAAUGAUGUGAUUUCCAGUACUACCAUGGCAGAGAUGAUGCAAGCUGCAGACUCUCUACCAGUAUCUGGUCGGUCUUCAUUCUCUUAUUCAAGAACGUACUCGACUCCAGCGACCGGUGCCCAAACUCCCGAUCCUCUACUGGGCAAUAUUAUUGCUAGCGAUAAGCAAUACCCGAAGAAUAUUUCUCAAACUAUCACCGAUAUUUCUCAGAAACACGAAGGUCUUGAACUUGACUCUUUGGACCAUCGGCUGACCAACCGGAGGAUUUCGGUAUCCCGACCUCAGGAUGAAGCCGAUGAAGCAGCUUUGCCGAUCCGAUCGAAGCAAGGUGUACCCCCGGAGAUCGGAAGUUUCACAGCAGAAAUUAUCCUAGUAAUAGUUUGUUCCACUGGCCUUAUGCUCUUUUCCUUCCUCUUGGGAGACAUGCUUGCUCCACAAGAACAGCUGAAAAAUGCGCUGGGUAUUUCGAACACUCAGCUGCCAUGGAUUGUGGGUGCAUUUAAUACCGCAAAUGGUCUAUCCGUUGUUAUAUCUGGGUCUCUUUCAGAUCUCGUGCCUCCAAAAAGCCUCAUGGUAGGCGCCUUUGCAUGGCUGACUGUCUGGAAUAUCAUCGGAGCUUUCUCUCUACACCCGUCUCGAUAUGUUCUUUUCUUCGUCAUGCGUGCCAUGCAGGGCCUUGCAAUUGGAGUGUUAGUCUCUGGAUCCAUGAGCAUCCUGGGACGGGUCUAUUCCCCAGGGCUUAGGAAGAACCGGGUUUUCAGCGCGAUGGCUGCCUGUGCUCCGUUGGGCUUUUCACUUGGCUGUCUCCAAGGCGGUGGUCUCCAUGACCAUCUUGCUUGGAUCUUCGGAUCAAACGCUAUAAUUUGCGCCAUCUGCUGCCUUGGAGCUUGGUUCAGUAUUCCAUCUCUGCGACCAGUCGCAGAUGUUGCAGGCGCCGAUGCUCCGAGUCUGCGUCAGUUCGACUUCAUUGGUGGUGCUUGCGCUGCCGGCGGGUGUGUUUGUUUACUUUUCGGUCUCACCCAGGGACCUAUCGCCUCGUGGUCUCCCUAUACUUACGUAUUAAUUAUAAUUGGAUUGAUUCUCCUGGGUGCACUAUUCUUUGUCGAGCGAGUCGCUGUUCGACCUCUUAUCCCCAAUCGACUGUGGAAAACACCUGGAUUUACGCCGUUGAUGGUCGCCUAUUUCCUCGGCUUUGGUUCAUUCUUUGGAGCGUGGCAGUUCUACGCCAUCCAAUUCUGGCUUCGAAUCCAGCACGCCUCACCGAUAGAUGUGGCACUUUACCAUAUCCCUAAUGCUGUGGUCGGAUUAUUCGCCACAUUCAUCGUCAGCCGCAUUCUCCACAUUGUUCCCGGCCACUAUAUUUAUGUUGUGUCAAUGUUCGCCUUUACUCUUGGACCGGCAUUUUUCCUUCCACAGACGGCUAGUACUAUGUACUGGAAACUCUCUUUCCCAGGCGUUGCGCUUGUCACAUUCGGCCCUGACUUGGCUUUUGCCGCAGCAAGCAUUUUCAUCACGAGUAAUGUUGCGCGGUCCAUGCAAGGCUCGGCUGGUAGUCUACUAGUCACAAACCAGAAUCUCUCCUCAGCUAUCAUGACCAGUGUUGCCGAUGCCAUUGGCACAAGGGUUAAUCGGGGUGCUGAUGGAGAAAUUGGACUAGAGGGACUGCGUGCUAUUUGGUGGUUUGCCUUGGGAGCUCAACUCACUGCAGCGUUGGUGACUAUAAUCUGGGUGCGUAUUCCCAAGGAGGAAGAAAAAGAACAUGUUUUGUGA